CGGAAGUGACGUCGGCAAACAAGAUGGCGGCCUCCAGGCUGGAGAAGAACUUCUUGCGGCUCCUGGUGACCUGCGAGGCUAUGGCGGCGGAGAAACGGAGCGACAAGGACUGGCGGCUGGAGAAGUUUGUAGGUGCCCUUCAGGAAAUGCUGAUUGAACUAAAAAAACACAUCAGCAAACCUGCCCCUGAGUUGCUGAAUGAGUAUACCCGAAAGGUGGAGUUCAUGAAAGGACUAUUGGAGGCUGAGAAGCUGCCAAAUCCUGCAGAGAAGGCCCUGGCUAAUCAGUUCCUAGCUCCAGGGCGCACACCCACCACAGGGAAAGAAAGGACAUCGGCCACAAAAACAGUCCACCUGAAGACGCAGGCCAGAUAUACGGGCGAGAUGAGGAGUGAGCUGCUCAGUUUGCCAUCAGCGACUUCCAGUGGUUCUGCCAACGCUGGCCUGAGACAUCGAAGGGGUCCUGAAGAUGAGAAACAGUCAUCUGCCGAGAUGGACGCAGUUCUCAAUCACCACAACAACAUGCAGGAACGACUUGCUGAGGAGAUGCUCAGCCUCGCUCGCAACCUGAAGAACAACACGCUAGCCGCUCAGAACGUCAUCAAGCAAGAUAAUCAGACACUGACUCAGUCGAUGAGGAUGGCCGACCAGAAUUUCGAGAAACUGAAGGUGGAGUCAGAGCGCCUGGAGCAGCACACCAAGAAAUCUGUCAACUGGCUGCUCUGGCUCAUGCUCGUGUUUGUCUGUUUCAUCUUCAUCAGCAUGAUCCUCUUCAUCCGAAUCUUUCCCAAACUGAGGUGACCAACGCAAACAACACCUGGAGUGUUUGUUCCAUGCACUAAUCCCAAACUGGAGGUUUCAGCAACCCCCUCGUCUCUUUCCGUCCCCAGCCCCCCUCCCCAAACUGGAAUUAACGAGAUCAACCCCAAGUAGCAUCACUGCUAUGGAUUGAGGUUCCGAGCCGAGCCUCUGAUGAGCUGCUCAUGUCUAGGAGUUUGACUGUGCUGCCUGCUCGAACAGCGAGUGUUCAACGAGGAGAGAAGAAUGAAGUUCAGACGAUGGUCGGCUGUGUUAACAUAGUGACUUACGUAUGCCAAUAUUUGGUUAGACUAUCUCCUACUAGAGAUUUUCUCUCUUCCUUCCCCCCCACUCCCCCCUACACAAAAAAAAAGUCAGUGGUAAUCUCAUUGAACACGUUGUUUCUUAUAACUGCACCAUAUGGGUUCGGGUUUAUUGACUGCUGUGAGUGCCUGUGCACACAAGGUGUCCUGAAGUGCUCGAGCUUGCUAAUCAGAUCUGCUUUAAUUUAAGUAACAGCUCUGGUUGUUAAGACAACACAGACUCCAUUGUCUGAGAAGAUAGAGGAGGAUAGGUAGUUGUGGAGAGGGUCCCUGUGUGAGCUACUAAAGAGCAAAUGGUAAUGCAGAGAGCAGCCCCAUGUCCCAUUGGCUAUUAGCAAAAUCCACUGUUUGGUGUUAAAUUGAUGAUAUAUUCCUCAACGUUCCCAGAUUUGAUCCUUGGGUCUGUGCUGAGUUUGUUCAUCUCAGCUGUCACAGCUGUAGAAAUCAGGUCAGGGCACUUACAAUUGGCUUUGGCACCCACUGGGGAAGGAAGGUGGGAAGGAACAGCCAGGGUUUCUGCUCUGCAUCACUCUUUAAUCUCCAUCCCCACCACAAAGCUGCACAGGAAGGUACGUGAGUGUGGAAUUCAGUCAGUACAGGAUCAGGCUCGACUACAUCUUGUAGCCUGGCAGCACUUUGUCUGGACUAACGAUCAAUAAUGAUCACGGGGUGAGUUAACAGAAGGUGAAUCUGUACCCCAGGAUGCUAUAAUGGUCUUAAUAAGGUAAAUUGCCACAUUAGAGAACUUGUACAAUAAGCAGGAAAUGGUUGAGGCACUACAAAUAAAAGUGUUUCAAAAAUCAA